CAGAUCAAUCAACCACAAGUCCCGACGUGAUUUGCCCAUCACCGAUGGCCAGGACGGCAGAGCCGGGCGAAGCGGCUGACAGAAAAGCUUAAUCCUGGCCAAUUUGCUUGCUCCGUGUUGCACAACUCUGGCAACUUUGAACCCGAUUGCUGACUGACCAGCUCGAAACGUGGUGUUUCUCAUUACGCAGUUUUCAGUCCUCAUCGUUAAAAGGAUUUUAUCGCGUAAUACACCAGCGCUCGCCGUGUUUGCCAGGCAAACAUCGCACCUGGUUCAAGAUGCAUAGAUGCCUCUUCGGACGCUCGUCGAGGGAAGCUGAGGAGGACAUCACCGAUAUCAACGAGAAAGCUGUCUGGACCCCGCGAGACUGGUCUGCCAUCUCCUUGACAGCCAUCAGGCUUCUUCAGUUCGCCUAUUUCGCCUUCGUGCACGCCUCGCUCCGCAGCUUCGAGAGGUCGAGUUACUUUCGAGAAGAUGGCCCUUGGCAUCACUCGCCAGACGGGAUGCGUCACUCGACGCGGAUGAUGCGCUGGGCUCGGAUGCAGGCUUCUAUAAACUUGAUCUACCACGCCGCCGUCCUCGUCGUUCCCUGGCUGCUUCGGCUGGUGAGGGCGACCAGACGGCCAUACGCCGGCUUCGCGGCCGUCUUUGGUGACGGGUGUGCCAUGUUGGCCCUCCUUAAUACUCUGGCCAUGCUCGACACCGCCCACGAGGACUACUGUCACGGUCCCCCUCCGAGAGAUGACUUUGAUCUGCGCGCCAUGUUCGGCAAGGGCAGCCGCCAUCACGACAUGAGCGGCCACCGUUCCGUCUGUCAUUCGCUCGAUGUGGUGUUUGGCCUGGGCAGUCUCGUCAUCUUGUCACAUGUCCUUAGCGCUGCUGUCACCGCCCUGCGGGCAAAGAGGCCAACCCCAACAGUGCAUGCAAAGGUGGAAGCCGCCAGCGAUGUAGAGCAGGCUAUCCCUCGUCCACCCGCCCACGUCGAGACGAGUGUCCCCACAACGCCGAGGAGACAACACUCGCCGCCACCGCCUUAUCUCCCCGUCGUCGCUGGGCUGGUUCAGGGGCAUGCAAGCUACCCCGACCGCUCUGAGCCGAUUACAGCCCCAAGAGGCCGGUCCUCUGUCGAGACCACUUCGUCUCUUGGCUUUGAGAACUACCUGGUAUCUGAUGGAUGGCGUGCACCGGAGGUGCCUCCAGAAUACUCGAGUAGGCCACCGAGCCUGCAUCAAGUUCUGCCGUGAAGUAAUGCUGUCGUUGGAGUUGGACUAGUCGCCAUUUUGUCUGUUCGGGAAACAUAGUGG